AUGUUUCAAAAUCCAUAUCUACCUCCUGCUCCUAUCGUGCAAGAUGAUUGUUUUGUUAACGUUAAUAAUAGCAAAAAUAUUGAAUGUGUAAUACCAACUGCUGAGGUUAUGGUCACAUUUCGUGGCGAUGCGCAUUUGAAAAGGCUUUGUUUUGUUUAUGCAGAAAAGAUUGAUUUCAAGGAAUUGAUUCAAUUGCGUUUGACAGAAAAAUGUGAUCAACGGAAAAUGUAUAUAAGCACAGUGGAUAGUAACUCUUUCCAGGAACUAAAACAGGACCAGUCUCUCCAUGUCAGUUUCUCGGGGUUUGUGGAGAACUUGAUAUACUUACUGAAAGAAUGUCAUGCUGGAAAAUUGGAACUAAAUCUAAUAGAACCACAGAAGGAUAAACGCACGACAACUUCAGCAAUAAACAGUUUUAGUGAAAAUAUGGAUGGAUACCAACUACAAUUUAUUGAAAGACGAUCGUUUAAAAAUUUAGUUCACCUAAGCUUGCCAACUCGAAGGGCACCACUUAAUGUAGUUCUAUUUUAUAUGAACAACACAUUGGAAGCAUUGCAAAAAAAAGUUUCACUUCAAGAAAAGGGUAAUCAGCAGUUGCAAAAUGAAAUUUGUACACGAAAUCAAAAAAUUGAAACAUUGGAUACAGAAUGUAAAAAUCUAAGAGAAAAUCUAAUUGAAGCUGUCCGGACUGCAAAUCAGAAACAUGCCGAUGAAAUUCAACAAUUACAAGACAAAAUUGCGAUUUGCACCGAACAACGGCAACAAGAUUGCGAAAAAAGUAGGAGCACCAUCAGCUCCCUGCAGAAGCAAAUAGAUAUAAUAGUUAUGGAAAAGCAGUCCAUACUUAAUGAAAGAAUGCAGGAAGGAAAACGCAAUGAAAUUUUAAAUGACGAGUUAGUGGAAUUAAAGGCCAAAUUGACCAAAUUAAAGGAAUCAAAUGAAAAACUUCAGCAGGAGAUAUCAACAUCAAAAAAUAGCGAACGCAAACGCGAAAUGCAUUUGCAGGACUACAGAAAGGAGAUUAGCGAAUUAAAGGAUGUGAUAAAAAGACACGAAAAAAACAAAUCAGAAUUAGUAGCUGAAAUAGAAGCUGAAAAGAAAAUAAGUCAAACAAAAAGACAGGCACUCGAAAUUGCCACUGAGGAAAUUUCUAAAGCGAAUCAAAUUAUAUUAAAACAGAGUCAAGAACUGAAUAAACUAAAGAAGGCCAUAAGCUGGCGGACUGAAGUUGCACUACAACAAGAGCAUUCUAUUGCAGCGAAGAAUACUAAAAUAAAGCAGCAAGAGGAUCAAAUAGCAUUUCUCAAACAAACUGUGGAAGCGUUGCGGGUAGAAAUACCCAAGGAGCUGGAAUCAAUGAGGAAAUACGCCACAGCGCUGGAUGCAAAAUAUUCGGAACGUAUGUACGCCAUUAACAAAAUUGCUGCUAUGCAAACAAAGAUUAUACCUGUGGACAGGGAACACAAAAAGACAGGAUAA